AUUCCUAAAAAGAGGCUUUAUUUUAAUGGGAUGAUAUAUUUAAAUAAAUAGACCUCAUCUAAAGUCGCUAUGCUUAACUUGCAUUUAUAGAAACGCUCACACACAGAGAGAGGAGAGAGAGAGAGAGAUGGAGGGGAUUGAGCACAGAAGAGUGAGCGUAAACGGCAUAAACAUGCACGUAGCGGAGAAAGGGGAAGGCCCCACGGUGCUUCUCCUCCACGGCUUUCCCGAGCUCUGGUACACGUGGCGCCACCAGAUUGUGGCGCUGGCCGCCCUCGGAUACCGCGCCGUCGCCCCCGAUCUCCGCGGCUUCGGCGACACGGACGCGCCGCCCCACGCGUCCAGCUACUCCUGCCUCCACGUCGCCGGCGAUAUCGUAGCCCUCAUAGAGUCUCUCGGCGGCCAACCGGUUUUCCUCGUGGCUCACGACUGGGGCGCCAUGGUGGCUUGGUACCUCUGCCAAUUCCGCCCAGAUUUGGUCAAGGCCUUCGUCUCCUUAACGGUGCCCUUUCGCCCCCGCCAUCCCACCGUCAAGCCCAUCGCCGCCAUGCGAGCUUUCUUCGGAGAUGAAUAUUAUAUGUGCAGAUUCCAGGAAGUGGGAAAAGUAGAAUCAGAGAUGGCAGAAUACGGAGCGGAAGCAGUGAUAAAGAAGAUCCUAAGCGACCGAACACCCGGGCCGACCCGUAUGCCGAAGGAAAAGCCAUUCGGAGCGGACCCGAAAAGCAUCAAGCUGCCGCAGUGGUUCACUGAAGAAGACCUCAAAUACUACGCCGAUAAAUACGAGCAGAAGGGGUUCACCGGCGGCCUCAAUUACUACCGGGCGCUGGAUCUGAACUGGGAGCUGACGGCGGCGUGGACGGCGGCGAAGGUGAGAGUGCCGGUGAAGUUCAUGGUGGGAGAUCUGGACAUGGUGUAUACGACGCCGGGAGUGAAGGAGUACGUGCACGGCGGCGGAUUCAAGCAGGACGUGCCGUUGCUGGAGGAGUGCGUGGUGGUUGAGGAUACUGGCCACUUCAUCAAUCAGGAGAGACCUAAUCAAGUCAAUGCUUGUCUUCAUCAAUUCUUCACCAAGUUUGCAGCUUAAUUACCCUAUGCUUUCUUCUACUACUGGCUACUGCUGUCUGUCUAAUUUCCAAAUUCAUCUCUAAAUAUAUCUUAAUCCAAAUUAUCAUUCAAACAA